UUUUGACCACUAUCAGUCGAGCAAGGCUUCUGGCUCAAACGGUAAGCUCACCGGGUAGCAAGCUUGGCCGCCGUUAUCAUAUCAGUCGUGUUUUAUCCUACAAGGGAGAUAGGACGUCGAGUUUGUUUGUGAAACAUCACAACCGCUAUCACUGCUAAACCUCGUUAAUCUAGAUAGUCGAGUAUUACUACUCUUUUGGACUCUUCUCCACAUUUUUUUUUUCAUUAAAUAGAAUCUACUUUCGAUACAGUUUUUCUCCCAGUUGCCACACUGUUUUGAUUUUUAUAGAUGUCCAGUUUUUCGGCGAAUUUCUCGAUUCAUGGAACAGAGUGCUAGCGUUUGGGCAAGCUCGGUCGAAGCUGGACCCGUCAAGCCCGCCUUACCUGAUCAUUCAACACCAACCAAAAAGUCUUAUUCAGAUAAUAACAAUAAUAACAACAAUAACAACAAAGUGAUUGAACGACGUCGAAGCGAAGUGGACAUUGAUAGCCAUCGUGAAGUGAUCAUCGACAGCGGGAGAAUAGCUAGAGACGAUAAGUGCGACGAAAGCAACUUUGAUAGUGAAUACAAAGAGAGAGUCGAAGAGGAGAACGAGAGUCUUGGGAGUGGAGACAGCCAGGACAGACCAGAUAUCCACGCUCCUGCAGUUUCUGAGUCCAUCAAGAACGAGCCGUUGUCACCCGUUCAACAGACCCCAAUCGCUAGUGGAGAGGCAAACCGGGAGUUCUGGGUGAAACACGAAGCGAAGCGUGGUAUACCUCACCAAGUCGGUGUAGGCCAUCACCAACUCGAACACAACAGCAUCCUGCUCCCGGGCAAAGAAGACGUUGAAGUGUUCUUCAGUAAUCUUGAUAAGAACCCUGCUACAGGACUGCCCCAUCAGCAGUAUCUUUAUCCCCAGUAUCAUCUGACAAGUGAAUCCCAAAUGUAUCAAAGUUCGGGUAGUAUCUCCCUGCAGAGUGCCAUGCCGCCGACCGUCUCUCCGGGUGGCAUGCCGACAUCUCAGCAGCACGGUUACGAGGCCUCGCCUACCUCCUACAUCCAUUCGCAAUCGAGCCCGGUCUAUGUACCCACAACCCGACCAUCGUUCUCCGGGAUGCCCCAUCCUGCACAGUUUAUUCAGCAUAUUCCAUCGGUGAGCAGCCCGAAUCACCAGAACCAGAGCGUCAUCAUGCAGGCGAACGCUCACGCUGCCGCAGCCGUGUGGAGCCCGCAGUCGGAUGGAAGUGGUGGUGGCGGCGGCGGUGGAGUUGUCGGAGGGGACAGCCAUCAUCGAGGAUAUUCCUUCCCCGCCAGUCCGGCGUUAACCACGGCCAACAGUCCGUUGUCCGGGCGACACCCUGGUUCGACGCCCAAUGGUCUGACUGGCUACUCCCCUUAUGCCGAUCCGUGGUCGAGCUUGGAUGGGUCGAUGUUGCAUUCGAGUAUGGGACGGGGUGCAGGAGGAAACUUCGGCGGACGGAGACCAACAGAAGCAGAAGCUCAGAUGAUGAAGAAUAUGGAAGGAUAUACAGCUGUCUGGCCUAAUGAAUAUGGACUGGGUCGUGAGUGCGUGAACUGCGGCGCCAUCUCUACCCCAUUGUGGCGCCGUGAUGGUACGGGUCACUACCUGUGUAAUGCAUGCGGCCUCUAUCAUAAGAUGAAUGGGUACAACCGACCUCUCAUCAAAAACCCAAGAAGACUGCAGUCUGGCUCAAGACGAGAGGGAAUCACAUGUGCUAACUGCCACACCAGCACUACAACAUUAUGGCGUAGGAAUAAAGACGGUGAACCGGUUUGCAAUGCUUGUGGAUUGUACUUCAAAUUACACGGUGUAAACCGCCCUCUAGCGAUGAAAAAGGAUGGUAUUCAGACACGAAAGAGGAAGCCAAAGAACCCUAACAAAGGAAGCCAACAGAACAAUGCACGCAACGGAGGCGGACAUUCAUCACCAAACGAUGUUAACAUCAAGGCAUCGUCACCCACCGGCAAGCAAUCCUCACCACUGCCUACUUCCACUCCAUACACCAGUCACCCGAUCAAAGUGGAACCUCAGUACCGUGUUGGCCUAUCCCCUCCUCCAGCGAUCAGCAACCCUGUGACGUCCUACAUCCCUGGAUUGGUACACCACAGCGGGCCCAUCUCAACAGCCCAAUCCCUCCAUCACCCGCACCACCACCCUGGCUCCUACGCUGCUCAUCUUGGAGCCCCACCGACACAUCUCUCCCACGGUCUCGGUAGCAACAGCGAGCAGACCCUGCACCUCACCCACCAACCUGGGCAAACCAUCCUCCUGCACAACGGACCCGUCAACUCCGCCAUCAACCCUCUAAACCUCAGCGCCAAUACCAAUGGGGGCGCCGUGACCCACCACGCUGGAAGUCCCGGGGAGAUGGCCGGCAACGAUUCAACAUCCCCUCACCAUGUGUUGUUCAGCGGUGUCAACCCUUCUCCACCAUCCGCCGUUGCAGUACCGGUCUCCGUUAGCAAAGCAGAAUCGGAAUGAGAUGUUUAAAUCUGUAUACCCUGCAAUAUCGUGUAAAGAAAGAAAAAUAACAUCAUUUUGACUUAGUUUUACCUCCUCGCCAGAUUUCAUGUAUGCGGCGAUUCUAAAGAUUGUUAUAUCAUUGUGUAUAAUAA